AUGGCUGGCGACGUCGGGGCGGCCGGCGGCAGUGGCGUCGUCGGCACGUCGGUGCCCUUGGCUGCCAGACCUCAAGCCAACGUCGUGGGCACGAGCAGCGUGCCCUUAGGCUACAGGCUGGGCCGGCUCGACUGCAGCAGGAGACCGAAGCCCGCCAAACCGCUGAUCGGCUACGAUCCGAAGGAGGCAGCCCUGCACAUGGCCCUCGAGGACGAGAGGAAGGCCCAGCUGUACUUUUACGAGAUGCAGCAGGAGAAGCGCGAGCAAUGGAAGGCAAUCGAGGUCGAGAUCAAGAGACGGGUCCAGCUUGGCAUGGAGGCGUACGAGCAGGACCUGGAGGAGCGUCGGGACCAGUUGCGGGAGAUGUUGGUGCGCGAGGAGGCCGAGCUAACGCGCGAGCUCGUCGAGAAGUCCCGCAAGCUCGAGGAGGAGCGCGCGGCCGAGCUCGAGGCGAGGGCGGCCGAGGCGGCCGAGGAGGCCGAGGCCAAGCGGCUCGAGCUACUGCGCGAGAAGCAGCUCCAACGCUACGUCGAGCUUAACGAGGAACUCAAGGAGAGCCGGAGGCGUGCCUGGACCGUGGACGCGAAGCGCGUCAACCGCGUGCAAAUCGAGGAGGCGGAGCAGCGGCGCAGGCGGGAGCAGGAGGACGAGUCGUUCUGGCACGAGUUGGCUGAGCGGCGGGGUCGCGAGGAGGCCGCUGAGAUGGCGAGCACGGCGACCCGGCGCGCCGAGUUGGAGCGCGAGACGGCGCGGCAGCUGCGGGAGCAGAUGAGGGAGCGCGAGGAGCAGCGGAGGCAGUGCUCGGGCCCGCUGGAGUUCGGGAUGUUGAGGAUCGGCGAGCGCGAGGAGGUGGACGAGGAGGAGAGACGGGAGAAGAAGAGGCGGGCCAGGGAGGAGCUGGACCGGCAGCUGGGGCAGGCAAGGGAGAGCUUGCAGCGGAGGCGCGACGAGGAGAGGGCCCUCGCAGAGAUGGCCGCGAUCUUUGCCAAGGAGGAGCCCGAGCCGGGGGAGGCGAGGAGGAACAAGGAGGCCAGGCGCAGGGAGGCUCUAGCUUUCAUGGAGAGCAUGAGGGUGCGUUGCCUCUUGGACUUUGGUCCCGUCCACCGAAAUGACAUGUGUCCCUUUGCCCCCAAUUGGGGUCUAAUGAGUGCACGCGACAGGCAAAUAUGGAGUGGCUUCCGUGAGGCGGUCAGCUGCCGGGAGGCGGAAGCCGAGGAGUGUGCGCGUCGCCUGGCCACGGAAGCGGAGUUCAAGCGGCGCGAGGCCGCCCGCCAACACAGGGAGGAGAGGGCCAGGACGUGCAGGGAGACCAAGCUCGCUUGGGACCGCCAGAUCGAGGAGAAGCGCCAGCGACAGUUGCUGGAGCUCGAGGCCGACCGCGCCGAGCUUUCUACCGGCAAAAGUGUACCCACGAAGCAGGAGGAGAAGGCUCGGCGGCACAAGGCGGCUGUGGAGUACGGCCAGGAGCUGCUGGCCCAGCACGAGUGGAUCGAGGCUCGUCGGGCCCGCGAGCAGCGCGAAAUCGAAGAGACGGUCGAGCAACAGAAAGCCGAGCGCCAGCACGAGGAGGCUCGGAUGGCUCGGGAGCUGGAGCUACGUGAGGCCAGGCCCGUACCCUGUGGCGCUGUCUCGUAA